ACCGUUAGAGUGAGUUGAAUUUUCGAGGGUGAAGAUGACGGUCCUGGAUGUUUGCGCAGAGGUUUUAAAGAUCCAGAAGCUACGGCGUUUUGUCUCUUACGCCGGAUUCUACUGCUUCACCGCUGCUCUCACAUUCUUCUAUACGAACAACACAACAAGAGCAGGAUAUUCCAGGGGCGAUCAGUUUUAUGCAUCUUAUCCUGCCGGCACUGAACUUCUAACCGACACGGCAAAGCUGUAUAAAGCGGCGCUUGGGAAUUGCUAUGAAUCUGAGGAUUGGGGUCCUGUCGAGUUCUGCAUAAUGGCUAAGCAUUUUGAGCGCCAGGGAAAAUCUCCAUACGUUUAUCACUCCCAAUACAUGGCUCACCUUCUUUCUCAAGGCCAACUCGAUGGAAGUGGCUAGUGGCGUCAACUCCUUUUUUCUUAAGCUUUGUAUCCAAUCUUGUUAUAGCAAAGGCGAACCCGGGUAUCUGGAACAUUUGUAAGGCGAUGGAUGGUAUAAAUCGGGAAAUGGACUAUUCAGUUUGUAUUAAGAAAAAUAAGAGCAUGUGUGGUGUAUAAAUCAUGAAAUGUCCG